UGAAGCUACCUCGGUCGCGGCUGCUUCUGCAGCUCUGAAUGCUUAUCUCCCAUUUCCACGUUUGGGCCCCUGCUUCCUCAUUCUAUACAAUCUAGACCCAUCUCAUUGUAGUGUCAUCCUCCAGGUCUCGUGUUUGUGGCUGGAGCAUCGUCCAGGAUCGUCGAGCAUUGCUACGGUGUAUAGUGCUAAUCUGAGGAAGCGGUACUCUUACAGGGAUUUUGAGGAGCUUGGAUUCUGAUACAGUCUCUGAGGUUUUGCUAGCGUUUGCUAGACUUUGUAAGCCCUCGAAUUUGGGAUUCAUCAACAAUGGGUUCAGUUAGAGUUACUGGAUGUUUGGCAAUCGCCGUGCUCGUAUGUUUGAGUAUGGUGGUCGGUGGUGUCGCCCAGCGGGGGAUUCCCAGAGAUUUCAAUACUUGGACGCCGAAGCAGACGAGGUACUCUCCGGAUGGGAGGAGAGUGGAGCUUUUACUUAACGAUUCAAGGGCUGCUUACACUGGCAUGGGAUCGAAGCAAACGUGGCUGUUUGGAGGCCUCGGAGCCUGGAUUAAGCUCCCCGCUAAUGAUUCCGCUGGCACUGUCACCACUUUUUACAUGGCUUCCACCGGGCCCAAGCAUUGCGAGUUCGACUUCGAGUUCCUCGGCAACUCCAGCGGCCAGCCAUAUCUUCUACACACCAACAUCUUCGUGGACGGCAUCGGAGGCCGCGAGCAGCAGAUCCGACUUUGGUUUGACCCCACGGCAGCUUUCCACUACUACAACUUCCAGUGGAACAAGGAUCUUCUGGUGCUCUACAUUGACAACACGGCCAUUCGCAUGUUCAAGAACAUAGAAAACAUCGUGCCUGGUUUCAUGUACCCCAACAAGUGCCCGAUGGGACUGUACUUGAGCAUUUGGGACGGUAGCAGCUGGGCAACUUGCGGAGGGCGCGUGAAGAUUAACUGGAAUUCUGCCCCAUUCAUCGCUACUUACCAGCUCUUUCGGCUAAGAGGGUGCCCGGCGACGAUGGGUGACCAGGCUAGUAUUACUAAAUGCCAGAAUUCUACCUAUGCCGCUCCUGGCAAAUCUUCUCAGACGAUAGGCACAGCGCGGACCCGUCAGCUUCGAAAUAUCCGGAAGAAUUAUAUUCAUUAUAACUACUGCGACGACAAGAACCGGUACAAUGAGACUCAGGUGCCGGAAUGCAAGUACAAUGUGUUGUAAACACACGCUUGAAAAGUUCCGCUUGGUGUAGAGUAGACUGAAUGAUUGAAUUUGUCUCGGAAUGCUGUAAUUAACUGCUUGGCCGAAAACUGAACAAGUGCCAGUGACGUAAUCAGAUUCUUUUGCUAGAACCAGAUCACGCUGUAGAGUGAGUCUCACCUUUCCAAGUAAUAAAAAACAUUCUUUUUUCGAAGCA